AAACCCUCUGUACCUUCAGUCGCGAGAGGGAGCGAGCACGAGUGGAGGACAGUAGCUAUAGAAACCGAAGACCGAUCGACAGCGAAACGGGAAGGAGCAAUCAACAGCAAGCGCAUUUAAAUAAGUAGGCUAUUCAGUACCAGGAAACGGUGAAAAUAAAGUCGCGAUUCAAAAAGACGGACGAUGACACUGACCGGCCAAUAAAACGAGAGGCAACAAGAAUAAAAGUCUGACGUCAACCCAAACUCACCAAACAGGAAAAGAUAUCACUAUGACGACCACAGCUGGACGUUAGAAUCAGAAACUGACAUUUUUUGAAAAACCUGCCCUUUUUGACUGACGGCAUCUCUGUCCAAUAACUGACUCCUCCUCAACAUAACAAUGGCAUCCUAUAGCCCCGCCCCCACAAAGGAGGUGGCGCCCGAAGCGACCAAUGGCUGUGGCCAGCUGCAGAAAGGGGAGCCGGGGGAGUCGAUGAAGCUGAAGAAGGAGAUCUCCCUGCUGAAUGGGGUGUGUCUGAUCGUGGGGAACAUGAUUGGCUCCGGCAUCUUCGUGUCUCCCAAGGGCGUGCUGAUGUACAGCGCCUCCUACGGGCUGGCGCUGGUGGUGUGGGCCAUCGGCGGCGUGUUCUCUGUGUUCGGGGCGUUGUGCUACGCCGAGCUGGGCACCACCAUCACCAAGUCGGGCGCCAGCUACGCCUACAUCCUGGAAGCCUUUGGUGGCUUCCUCGCCUUCAUCAGGCUCUGGACGUCCCUCCUCAUCAUCGAGCCCACCAGCCAGGCCGUCAUCGCCAUCACGUUCUCCAACUACAUGGUGCAGCCCAUCUUCCCCACCUGCAUUGCCCCUUACCUGGCCAAUCGCCUGCUGGCAGCUGCCUGCAUCUGUUUGCUUACCUUUGUAAACUGUGCGUAUGUGAAGUGGGGAACUCGAGUUCAGGACUUCUUCACCUACGCCAAGGUCAUCGCCCUCAUCGCCGUCAUCAUCAGCGGCCUCGUCAAGAUCUGCCAGGGAGAGACGCAGAAUUUCGAGCGCCUGUUUGAGGGGUCCUCGCAGGACCCUGGAGCCGUGGCUCUGGCUCUGUACUCCGCCCUCUUCUCCUACUCCGGCUGGGACACCCUCAACUUCGUCACCGAGGAGAUCAAAAACCCAGAGAGGAACCUUCCACUGGCUAUUGCCAUCUCCAUGCCUAUAGUGACAGUGAUCUACAUCCUCACCAACGUGGCCUACUACACCGUGCUGGACAUGCAUUCCAUCUUGGACAGUGAUGCCGUGGCUGUGACCUUUGCAGACCAGGUGUUUGGCGUGUUUAACUGGACCAUCCCUCUCGCCGUUGCCCUCUCCUGUUUUGGAGGACUAAACGCAUCCAUACUAGCUGCUUCCAGGCUGUUCUUUGUGGGCUCCAGAGAGGGUCAUCUCCCUGACUACCUGUGCAUGAUCCACGUGCAUCGCUUCACCCCCAUUCCAGCCCUGCUCUUCAACGGUGCGAUGGCAUUGGUGUACCUGUGUGUGGAGGACAUAUUUAAGCUGAUUAAUUACUACAGCUUCAGUUACUGGUUCUUUGUUGGCCUGUCAAUCAUGGGCCAGCUUUAUCUCCGCUGGAAAGAGCCGGACAGACCACGACCCCUGAAGCUCAGCAUCUUCUUCCCGGUGGUGUUCUGCCUGUGCACGGUGUUCCUGGUGGUGGUCCCUCUCUACAGCGACACGGUCAACUCGCUCAUCGGCAUCGGCAUCGCUCUGUCCGGAGUCCCCGUCUUCUUCCUCUGCUGCUACAUGCCCGCCCACCGGAGGCCCCUUUGGAUCCGCAGGGCCAUUGCCUCCUUCGGCAAACUCAUCCAGAAUGUCUGCUAUUCGGUCCUGACAGAGAUGGACACCGAUGACGAUAAAACGCAAUAAAAACACCAGAUGAAUGCCUUUGCUAUCGACCAACCCACAUACCCGACACCGACUUAACCAAGACCAAGGAAAAACCCACCCUGCCAAAGCCACAACCCAUCCCUGCUACCAGACGGACAUCAGCACCAGCCAAUCAGGCAGGAGGGGGGGCACCCCCCUGCUGUGGCAGCAGAAUGAUGCUAGAAUGCUAGGACUUGACCCUCCAUACAAACUGAUCUCCGCGCAGCUCUGCUAGCCCCACGCGCGGGCUCACCUGUUUCUUUUCUUCCUCUCUCUGAUGUAGAUGCUAGCAAACGUGUGGCAGUUCUGGCCUCCGGCAGAGAGGAGUCCUAGGGAGGCGGUGUCUCACGUUAGCACUAGAGUGUGAACACAGGCCUUGGGCUUCACUGAUAACAUGUAGGGUAGAUAUGAGAGCACGGACGAUGCUCCGCCUGUUAACGAGCCUGACCCCAACACAUUAAGAGGGGGUGGAGCCAGGCCAGAGAAAAGGGAAGGGAGACAUUUGGGGGAGGGGGGGUGGGUGCAGGACAAACCUCAGGCCAGCAGGAUGACCAGGUGCAGCCUGGGGCAGGUGGGGGGGGGGGGGGGGGCUGCAGAUCAGAGGACCUGAUGAGACACACUUUCAGCAAAUUCCUCAUUUCACAGAAUAAUUACACUUACCUACUCAUUGCUCAAACUGAAGUUGAUUUUCAGCAGGACUUUAGUCUUCUUUUAGUCUUUAGUCUUGGUUCUAGCCCCAGUCCAGGGGGGUUAAAGUACAACCCAACACACCAUUUCAGUUCCAGUAUCAGAGUUUCCUUGCAGUGUUUAACAGUAUCAGCAAGGUACAACAUGCCAAUGCGCAUCCAUUUUCCAGUGUUCAGCACCGGGGAGCCAGUAACAGGGUACAAACAGCAUAUUUAUACAAACAGGCCUUCUGUAUUCGGGGUGCCAAAUGGGGUUCAGGGUUCUGAGGGCGAUUUUCAGCCAAUCCCGCACUCCGGUUUCAGUCAUCCUCUGCCAAUCAUCUGCCGUUUGCUAUAACAAGCCCUGUGGAAACUCUUUUAGAAAGAAAGCCUUAAUUUUACUAUUUAUUGAUUGACUGAUUGAUUGAUGGAUGGAUGGAUGGGUGGGUGGGUGGGUGGGAUGACUGCCCUUCUGGAGGGGUUGCCCUGGUUACUGAAACCAACACUUCCUCUCAGUGGUGCGGGGGCUCCCUCCUCCGAAACGCUGAUUAAAUGCAGAAUCAUGGAAGAGGCUCUGCGGCACACUUCCUGCACCACUGGCAGAUCAACAGCACAGCCGCAGCGACCUGCUCCCCGGCUCCAGGCCACAGAGGCGCAAGACCAAACCAAGGGCCCGUUUGGGAUCCACGGCAGGGCAGAAUUAGACAGCAAGUGCACUACGAAUAAUAAAAUGAACAAACACACAACUCACAAUAAACUGAAAAAAGAA